AGUGACGCACCGGAAGCCCCUUUCGCGUAAGGGGCGGGGAAGGAAGAUGGCGGCGCCCAGCAGCCGGUGAGGAGAGAGGACACGGGGCCCCCGGAGAGCGGCCGGGCUCGUGCGUGAUGGCCACCUCCCCGCACACUCUCUCCUCACGCCUCCUAACAGGAGGGGUAGGAGGAUGUGUCUGGUAUCUAGAAAGAAGAGCUGUGCAGGCAUCCCCUCACAAGUUUAUGCAUCUUUUUAGGAACGCCAGCAAGCAGUGGGUUACAUUUCAGCACUUCACCUUCCUCAAGCGCAUGUAUGUCACACAGCUGAACAGAAGCCUCCGCCAGCAAAUAAAGCCAAAGUCAGAGCCAGUGGCCUCUCCUUUCCUUGAGAAAUCGUCUUCGAGUCAAGCCAAAGCGGAAGUAUAUGAGAUGAAGCCUUUUGCACCCCCUACCCUAUCUUUGCCCAGAAAGCCUAAUGAAACCGAAUUGAUAGAACUAGAAUCUGCCUCAAUAAUUGAAGGCUCAGUAGAUGUGGGAAAAGAGACAAAAGAUGAAAAGCAGUGGAAAGAGAUGAAGCUGCGUGUGGACGAUUUGCCAGGAAUUUUGGCUCGACUGUCCAAAAUCAAGCUCACAGCUCUAGUUGUCAGCACCACUUCAGCGGGAUUCGCAUUGGCCCCAGGGCCCUUCGACUUGUCCUGUUUUCUGCUCACUUCUGUGGGAACAGGCCUGGCAUCCUGUGCUGCCAACUCCAUCAAUCAGUUUUUUGAGGUGCCGUUUGAUUCAAACAUGAAUAGGACAAAGAACAGACCUCUGGUUCGUGGGCAGAUCAGCCCGCUGCUCGCUGUGACUUUUGCCGCUUGCUGUGCCGUCCCAGGAGUCGCCCUUCUGACCUGGGGGGUGAACCCCCUCACAGGAGCCCUGGGGCUCUUCAACAUUUUCCUGUACACCUGCUGCUACACCCCGCUGAAGAGGGUCAGCAUUGCCAACACGUGGGUCGGAGCCGUGGUGGGCGCCAUCCCCCCCGUCAUGGGCUGGACAGCAGCUACUGGCAGCCUAGAUGCUGGAGCCUUUCUUCUGGGCGGAAUCCUCUACUCCUGGCAGUUCCCGCACUUCAACGCGCUGAGCUGGGGCCUCCGGGAGGACUACUCCCGCGGGGGCUACUGCAUGAUGUCGGUCACGCACCCCGCCCUGUGCCGGCGGGUCGCCCUGCGCCACUGCCUGGCACUGCUCGCGCUGUCCGCCGCAGCCCCCGCCCUGGGGGUCACCACAUGGACCUUCCCCGUCAUCGCGCUCCCCAUCAACCUGUACAUUUCCUACCUCGGCUUCCGGUUCUACAGGGACGCGGACAGGAAGAGCUCCAGGAAGCUGUUCUUCUGCAGCCUCUGGCACCUGCCCUUGCUCCUGCUGCUCAUGCUCACCUGCAAGCGGCGGGGCGUGGACAGGGACAGCGGGGAGCCUCAGAGCUGAAAUCACACUGGCCUGUGGGAAACACAACAGGGAGACGCACACCUUUUUCCCUCUGCUGUGAGGCAAGAAUCGUUCGGGAUUCCGGAGGAGGAGAAAAGAAGUCACUGGGCUCAGCACAAGGUGCAAAGCGAUUUGGUGCUUCAUGAUCCUGCAACAAAAUUUUGAGUGAUGAUAUAUAUACAAAACCCUCCCAAAUAAGAAUUGGGCUGGCUCAGUAGGUUAAUACAAAGAAAGACUAUAUUUCCCUUCGAGGGCCUUUACAUAUCUCUUCCUGCACCUCCACCCCAUUCUGUCCUUCCUCACUUCCAUGAGCAAGUGCGCCUCUUCCGCCACCCCACCUUCUCUGCCCAUCCACUCAGCCGCAUAGUCCCUCCAGCCACACUGACACAAGGAAGAAUCCCAAACGGUUGCCUGGGGUCCCAGACUGGACUGCCAGCCCCGCCCUCCCCACAGCAGCACCUCAGCAUUUCCAAAACCCGGGGAUCCAAGGCCUCCUUACUGCAGGGUCGGAGCAUUUCCUUCUGGAAGGGCAGUGCUAGGCUUAACACCCGAACCCCCCGCUCGCUCCACACUUCCCUCAGCCAUGUGCACAGCGCCCCCCUUUGCUGGGGGCCUACUCAGGCCCGUAGGGAAGGAAUCAGAAGGAGUGAGCUGAGGACUCUGGCUUGUCCUUCUGCUCACGUUCUUGUCCCCUCAACGAGAAACACAUUUCCGUCCUCCUUCCGAAUUCAGAAAUUAUCCCACACAUCCAUGGGCUUUGGGAGCUGAGUCUGACUCCGGGGCGCUGCUUCCGGUUCGGGGCGCCGGGUGGGUUUCCCUCAUCACCUGUGGGCUCACAGUCCUUCCCGUGCGCCCCUUUCCCCUGUCCAGUUCCAUUUGCCUGAAGGUCUUGAAGCUUAACGGUGUUUUAAUUGCCCAGUGUCCAGGGCAAGGAUUCAUGUGGAAAGUUUAAACGGCAUUUACUUAUUUUUUUAAAUACAUUUUUAUUGAUUUCAGAGAGGAAGGGAGAGAGAAACAUCAAUGAUUAGAGAAUCAUUGAUCGGCUGCCUCCAACACGCCCCCCACUGGGGAUCGAAACCACACCCCAAGCGUGUGCCCUGACCAGGAAUCGAACCUCAACCUCCUGGUUCAUAGGUCGAUGCUCAACAACUGAGCCACCGCCACAAGGCCCAGUGGCAUGGAAACAGUCGUUGCCAUAGGCCUGUUCUCGGAGAUUUCUAAAGCGGUUACACUCAGCAUCUGGCCCUGUCUCUGUGCAUCUGAAAUGUGUAAAAUGCCUCGGUUCU